ACAUUCUUUUCUGUUUACAAUGGGGGAAGUAAGCGUUCGUCGUUUUGAUUAUAGUUGUUUAGCUAACUUUAGCUAGUUUAGCAUAGAAACAUAACUAUCUCUGUUUUGAGUUUCAAAAUCAUACAAAUCCUUUACCGAACGACGUAAUUUAGGGCGGCCAAGAUGUCGUUUCUGGUAGAUUCAGUCAUCAUGUUCACCUCACAGGUGCUGUUUUUCGGCUUUGGGUGGCUUUUCUUCAUGAGACAGUUGUUCAAAGAUUAUGAGGUUCGUCAGUAUGUUGUGCAGGUUGUCUUCUCUGUCACUUUCGCGUUCUCCUGCACGAUGUUCGAGCUCAUAAUCUUUGAGAUCCUGGGGGCAUUAAGCAGCACCUCGAGGUAUUUUCACUGGAAACUAAACCUGUAUGUUAUUCUGUUGGUCCUUAUCUUCGUGGUGCCUUUCUACAUCGGCUACUUUGUGGUUAGCAACAUACGACUGCUGCAGAGACAGAGGCUGCUUUUUGCCUGUGUGGUGUGGUUCACCUUCAUGUAUUUCUUCUGGAAGCUGGGUGACCCCUUUCCCAUCCUCAGCCCGAAACACGGGAUCCUGUCCAUUGAACAGCUGAUCAGUCGAGUGGGGGUCAUCGGGGUCACACUCAUGGCUUUGCUGUCUGGCUUUGGUGCAGUCAACUGCCCUUACACCUACAUGUCUUACUUCCUGAGAAACGUGACGGACAGUGACAUCCUGGCCCUGGAGAGGAGACUGCUGCAAACUAUGGACAUGAUCGUCAGCAAGAAGAAGAGGAUUGCUAUGACACGGAGGCAAAUGUACCAGCGUGGGGAGGACCAGAACAAGCAGACGGGAUUCUGGGGAAUGAUUAAGAGCGUGACCUCCUCCCCCCCCGGCAGUGAGAAUCUAUCUCUGAUCCAGCAGGAAGUGGACGCCCUGGAGGAACUGAGCCGCCAGCUCUUCCUGGAGACCGUUGACCUGCAGGCCACCAAGGAAAGGAUAGAAUACUCCAAAACAUUUCAGGGAAAGUACUUCAACUUCCUGGGUUAUUUCUUCUCCAUCUACUGUGUGUGGAAGAUCUUCAUGGCCACCAUUAACAUCGUUUUCGACCGCGUGGGCAAGACUGACCCUGUGACGCGAGGCAUUGAGAUCACUGUCAACUACCUGGGCAUACAGUUCGAUGUGAAGUUUUGGUCCCAGCACAUAUCCUUCAUUCUGGUGGGAAUCAUCAUCGUCACAUCGAUCAGAGGGCUGCUGAUCACGCUGACUAAGUUCUUCUAUGCCAUCUCCAGCAGCAAGUCCUCCAAUGUCAUAGUGCUGGUGCUAGCUCAGAUCAUGGGCAUGUACUUUGUGUCCUCAGUGCUGCUGAUGCGUAUGAGCAUGCCCCUGGAGUACCGUACCAUCGUGACUGAGGUCCUGGGGGAGCUGCAGUUCAACUUCUACCACCGCUGGUUCGAUGUCAUCUUCCUGGUCAGCGCACUGUCCAGCAUUCUCUUCCUGUACCUGGCCCAUAAGCAGGCUCCUGAGAAACACAUGAGCUUGUGACCUUGUGGUUGGGAUCGCUCGUACGGGACACACUCCUUUCCCUCCUUCCUUUUUUUGAUGUUGGGCAUGUUUAUGCAGAUUAAUGAAGGAUGAUCACACCUCACUGUCCCUGAAUCAGGGGUGACCAAUGAGGGGUGACGAAUGGCAUGAAGAGCUGUGAGCUGGAGCGAUAUGGUGAUGAGAAACCAUGAAGGCGGAGGACUUUGGGUUUACUGGAUAAAGGUAUGAAGAAGUGAAUACGGAAGUCAUAUUUUAAAUGUUUAAAAUGUUUUAAAAAAAAUUUAAAAAUCAAAUAAAUCAAAUGGGGAUUAGAGAGAUACCUGAGAUAACCAUCGGCCUGAUUGAUCACCUGCUUUUCCAGGAAAAUAAGGGAACUCUACACAUUCUAGUGUAUGCCAGGGUCAAAUCAGUGCUGUAAAUCGAUACACUUCCACUUCCUCUCAGUGCACCUGUGUACGCUUGUCUCUGAUCCCACUCUUCCCAUGACGACAAGCCUCUGGACAGUACUGGCCUACCUGGUGGGUUUUCUCUUCACCGUCCCUGUCAAUGAUGGGUGCAUCAUAGUCCCAUGUCAGGUGCAGAAAUUCCAGUGGAGCUCCAGCAGUCCAGAAUGCUUAGAUUCACUCUCUGAUAGUUAUAGACACAGAUAUACAGUGUGUCCAGCAAGUUCAGUCUCAUAUACACAUCAGAACUAAAACAAAUGUUCACACACUGAUCCCUCCUGUUCUCAUAUGUUGAUACAACGUUCUGCCAGCAGAAAGCUCAACAGGUUGUGGUUUAUCUAGACGAGGAGGGGGAAAUUAUACAGUCUUUAGCUAAGGCCAGAAUGCAAAGAACAAUAUUUCCCUUCUCUGGGGAAUGUAACAUUUUUUUCACGUGAGCUGUCUUGUGUUCUAUUUGCAACAACAAAAAAACUAAAGGAUGUGUGGUUCUAUGAGACUUAAGUGUUCUACAGCAGCUAUGUGCUGGUUGCCUUCAUAUGAGGUGUUUUCAUUGCUCGUUAUUGAACCCAGGAUGCAGUGCUUUGGGCAGUUGGGAAAGAGAGCAAAGCGCUUACACGUGUCUUGUUAAACUGUUGUUAUUGUGCCUAUUGAGCCUAAGAGAAAGUGGGUCAAUAAUUGUUGACAUAGACAGCUAGGAUUUGGCUUUGAUUUUAAAAAAACCUGUCAUUAAUCAUGAACAUGUCCAUAUGAUAAUCUGAAAUUGGUUAGCAAAGGAACAUAAAUGACUUAUUUUCAGAUUCUGUCUUGAUUGAAGUUGAAGUUUUCUUUGAACUCCUAAAGUGAGUGAAACAGAAUUGAAAGUUAGCAUCCUUACUGUGAAGGCAUCAAUAUCAUCUUGAGAAUGUUGUGUGAAUUAAAAUCAUACCAAGUGACAGUCACUAGCAUUGAUUGGGGCUCUGCAGACAUUGUGUACAUCUGACACUUGUGACAUUUUUUGAAGGCUGUGGAGGGUAACUA